UCAAACAAAUAAAACAAUGGCAAAAGAGUGAUAUAGGCAAAGAUCAAAGUUAAAUAGGAAUCCUGGUCAUGGUAUCUUUCUCCCUCUCGCCAAACACGCCCAAAGUAAUCCUCUACACAAGCUUCUCGUCGACAAUGGCCGCUGCCACUGCGAACACCACUUUUCCUAAAGCUUCCCCUUUAACUUCCUCCUUCAAAUCUUCAAUACCUUUUUCCAAAUCUAUCCUUCCCUUCUCUACAACCCCUCAAAAACUCACCCCUUCCCGUUCCCUCCAGAUUUCCAGCUCUCUUUCUCAAUCAAGCUCCAAUCCCAGAUCUGGUGCCACCACCGUCAUCCCAAUUGUUUCCCCUUCCCAUGAUUUCGUUUCCCGUUAUGCCCCUGAUGAGCCCCGAAAAGGCGCUGAUAUCCUCGUGGAAGCACUGGAACGUGAAGGGGUCAAGGACGUGUUUGCCUACCCUGGUGGAGCUUCCCUGGAGAUCCACCAGGCUUUAACCCGGUCCAAAAUAAUCAGAAAUGUCCUUCCGCGACACGAACAAGGUGGGGUCUUUGCUGCGGAGGGGUACGCUCGCUCAUCCGGCCUUCCAGGCGUUUGCAUUGCGACUUCUGGCCCUGGGGCAACUAACUUGGUGAGUGGUCUCUCUGAUGCGAUGCUUGAUAGUAUCCCUCUUGUGGCGAUCACAGGUCAAGUCCCUCGAAGAAUGAUCGGUACUGAUGCUUUCCAAGAGACUCCUAUUGUUGAGGUAACAAGGUCUAUUACAAAGCAUAAUUAUCUUGUUCUUGAUGUGGAUGAGAUUCCUAGGAUUGUUAGUGAGGCUUUCUUUUUAGCUACCUCGGGCAGGCCGGGUCCUGUUUUGAUUGAUGUACCUAAGGAUAUUCAACAGCAGCUUGCUGUUCCUAAAUGGAACCAGCCUAUUAGAUUGCCAGGGUAUAUGUCUAGGUUUCCAAAGGCUCCCGAAGAGGCUCAUUUAGAGCAGAUUGUGAGGUUUGUUUCAGAGUCUAAGAAGCCAGUGUUGUACGUUGGUGGUGGGUGUUUGAACUCCAGUGAGGAGUUGAAGAGGUUUGUUGAGCUUACAGGGAUACCUGUUGCAAGUACUUUGAUGGGUCUAGGGACAUUUCCGAGCUCGGAUGAGUUGUCAUUACAAAUGCUUGGGAUGCAUGGAACUGUGUAUGCUAAUUAUGCUGUGGAUAAGAGUGAUUUGUUGCUUGCUUUUGGAGUGAGGUUUGAUGAUCGAGUGACAGGAAAACUUGAGACUUUUGCCAGCCGGGCCAAGAUUGUGCAUAUUGAUAUUGAUUCAGCUGAGAUUGGGAAAAAUAAGCAGCCUCAUGUGUCGGUUUGUGCAGAUGUGAAAUUGGCAUUGAAGGGGAUAAACAGGAUAUUGGAGAGCAAGGGAGCUAAGCUUAAACUUGAUCAUUCAGCUUGGAGGCAGGAGUUAAACGAGCAGAAGCUGAAAAACCCAUUGAGUUACAAUACCUUUGGUGAAGCUAUUCCACCUCAAUAUGCAAUCCAGGUGCUUGAUGAACUAACCAAUGGGAAUGCGAUUAUAAGCACUGGUGUUGGCCAGCAUCAGAUGUGGGCUGCCCAGUUUUACAAGUAUAAGAAGCCUCGUCAAUGGUUGACAUCAGGGGGAUUGGGGGCUAUGGGAUUUGGCUUGCCUGCUGCCAUUGGAGCUGCUGUUGCAAAUCCAGGAGCUGUUGUUGUAGACAUUGAUGGUGAUGGAAGUUUUAUCAUGAAUGUCCAAGAGUUGGCCACUAUCCGUGUGGAAAAUCUUCCCAUUAAGAUAUUGUUGUUAAAUAAUCAGCAUUUAGGCAUGGUUGUUCAGUGGGAAGAUCGAUUUUACAAGGCAAACAGGGCUCAUACGUAUUUGGGUGACCCAUCCAAUGAGUCCGAAAUAUUCCCAAAUAUGUUGAAAUUUGCAGAAGCAUGUGGAAUACCUGCUGCCCGUGUGACAAGAAAGGAAGAUCUCAGAGCAGCAAUUCACCAAAUGUUGGACACUCCUGGACCUUACUUGUUAGAUGUAGUUGUCCCCCAUCAAGAGCAUGUACUGCCUAUGAUUCCCAGCGGAGGGGCUUUUAAAGAUAUGAUCACAGAGGGUGAUGGAAGAACACAAUAUUGAUUUUAAUUACUACCAAUACGUGUUUUUGAGAAUGUAUGUAUGACACAGUUAAGGAGGCUUAGCUCCGAGUUGUGGCAGUAUUGCGGGCUGUAAGUUCGGUUUCAUGACAAUGACAUGGACGAAACUUGCUUGGGCUCCCAUAAUUAGUUUUUUUCUCUCUUUUAAAAACUAUAUCAAGUAGGUUUUUAGUUUGUUCCUAUCCAAAUCUUGUAUGUCUUUUAGUCAAUAAUGUACUAUGCAAUAGAUGAAUCUAUUUUAAGGGCAUAGAGGUCCUGGUUUGGAGCCAAAAUUUUCUCUCUUUCCCCCUUGUAAGGGCUAUGCCCUCCCCUGA